UGCUGCUUGGGUUCUGUAGGCGCGCCAGAUCUCCCGAUGACAGGGCGCAGCCCUGUGUUUGCCAUGCAGCACAUCGUGGGUGGGUCCCACAUACUGGUACGGAGGGGUCUCCUUGGAAGGGACCUCCUUAUGAUCAGGACUCUCUGCAGCCCAGGCCCCAGCCAGCCUGGAGAGAAAAGACCUGAAGAGGCGGCAGCCCUCAGGCUGUAUCACCGCCUCGGAGUGCUGGGAAGAGCCUUGGGGCACAGCAUUCAGCAACGAGCAUCCUCCACAGCCAAGACUUGGUGGGACAGAUAUGAAGAGUUUGUCGGACUCAAUGAAGUUCGAGAGGCCCAGGGAAACGUGACUGAGGCAGAGAAAGUGUUCAUGGUGGCUCGAGGGCUUGUCCGAGAGGCUCGAGAGGGCUUGGAAGUUCAGCAGGCCAAGCUGAAGGAGGUGAGGGACCGCUUGGACCGUGUCUCCAGGGAGGACAAUCAGUACUUGGAACUGGCUACUCUGGAGCACAGGAUGCUGCAGGAGGAGAAGAGGCUUCGCCUGGCUUAUCUGCAUGCAGAAGACUCUGAGCGAGAGAAAUUCUCCCUCUUUUCUGCAGCUGUGCGGGAAAGUCACGAGAAGGAGCGCACAAGGGCUGAGAGAACCAAAAACUGGUCCCUCAUUGGGUCAGUCCUGGGGGCCCUGAUCGGUGUGGCUGGCUCCACCUAUGUGAACCGCGUUCGGCUACAGGAGCUGAAGGCCUUGCUCCUGGAGGCACAGAAGGGGCCUGUGAGUCUCCAGGAGGCCAUUCGAGAGCAGGCAUCUAGCUACUCCCUCCAGCAGAAGGACCUCCACGACCUCAUGGUGGACCUGAGGGGUCUGGUGCAUGGUGGGCCAGGGCAGGGCUCUGAGUCAUGGGCAGGUACUUCCCCCACCCGAGACAGAGACACAGAUGUCCUUUCAGUUGCCUUGAAAGAGCAGCUCAGUCAUUCCAGGCAGGUCCAGUCAUGUCUAGAAGGUUUACGAGAACAACUUGAUGGCCUAGAAAAGACUUUCAGCCAAAUGGCUGGGGAGGUUCAGCUUGCAAAGGCUCCACACACAGGCCUGGUGGAGCCAGCAGACAGGGCUCUGCCCAGCUCCUUGCUGGAACAGGGGAGCAUGAUGUUGGCACUGUCAGAUACGGAGCAGAGGCUAGAAGCCCAUGUCAACAGGAACACCAUCUACAGCACGCUGCUCACUUGUGUGACAUUUGUGGCCACACUGCCUGUGCUCUACAUGCUGUUCAGGGCCAGCUAACCCCUGGACCAUCCUCCAGAGUGUGGAUUUAGUUAGAGAAUCCCAGCAAUGAGCUGAGCCUUUGGGAGCGCACACAACCUCAGCCUGAAGGAGCACCAUCUGUGUGGCUCACCAGCAGGCAUACUUUGCUUUGUAGGCAGCGUUCAUUUAUAUUAAUUAUCAAAACUUUGUGCUAAUGUCUAAUUAAAAUGUCUUAAGUUUUUAUUAUUUAUAACAA